ACUUGACACCACGCGGGUGUUGCAGAGCGGACUGUUUGCCUCUUCCCCACCACGAACACCAUUUGGUUUCCCCAGGCCAGUCUCUGUUUGGCCUGGCUAAGGGGGAAGAAGUUCGGGCAACUGGGCAGAGCCGGUACCCUCCAGAUCCUGGGAAGGCCUGUGGAACAAGCAGCUGGUUCACACGUGGAGAUCGGAAGAUGGACAGUGAUGACGCCAAAUCUCCAUGUGAAAAAUCGUUUGAAAAACACAGGUCCUGAAAGCCAGCAAGGCAGGCACCUGUAGCCCCCACUGCCAUAACAGGUAUCAUACAGAAUUGAAGAAAUUAUCUGAAUGAAGCUGGUAGGCAGAAGUCAUGUGGUUAUUCUCUGACCAUCAGUGAGCAUCUCCCCCUCUCUGUUUGGAACCACGCUGAACCCAAGAUCAGAGGAAAAAAAAAUCCUCACUUGGCUAUUGCAACCGGUCAACUCAAAGUUCUACUUCGUGCCAGGCGGGUUUCUCUUGACUCUUGCCAGAACCUCACCAGAAGCCACCUAACAGCUGCCGGGGACGGCCCUACUCCCGCCAGCGGACUAUGCAGGCGAACAGAAAGGGUACAGAUGGGUUUAGUGAUACCUCCAGCAUCGGCAGUGUGCUGGACGACGCAGACAGGGAGGUGAGCAGCCUCACAGACCGGGCAUUCCGGAGUUUGUGCAUCUCAGAGGACACUUCCUUCCACGACUCGGACCUAGCUCUGUCCCCAGAUAUCUCCAGCCAGGGGUUUGGGACUUUUCACCAGGAAACAGUGAGCCACACCCACAGGAAAAGUGGGAUUUGGAGCCAGCUUCCAUCUCAAGGCACAGAGCAUUCUGGUUGGGCAGCCACCUUCCAACAGCAACCCAAAUAUGUUCAGGGGGAGGAAAAGUACCCCAAAAACAGUCCCCCGGCAACUCCAGUCCAGAGGAGACUGGAGGUACCCCUCUCUGGCCUGAGCAGCAGCAGCAAGCCCAUCUCCAAGGUCUCCUCGCUAAUCAGAUCUUUUGACAGGACAGAGAAUCAACCCUGUGACAGCCGGCCUCCUCCCAGCAAGCCUCCAGCCCUCAAAAAUCCCCCCAAGUUUGCACUUCCCCCAGAAGGUGGUGUCAACUUCUGCUUCGAUUCUGCCUUUUUGACCGUGAGGAGGGUGCCUGCUGAAGUCUCCAAAACCCAUCAGAGCAGCCACCAGCCUGGCAGAAUUCCUGGAGAGCAAGAGUCUCCCAAGAACCCAGAAGUAGCAGGCCACAGCUCAGAGAGCCUCCUCCGGACACCUGACCAUGUGGCUGACUCAUUUGAGUCAAGGUUUCCCACUCCACCACUCAAGCCAGCCAAAGCCGAGCCGGGAAGAGGCAAGGAGUGGGUUCCCAGGGGGACUUUUCUGCACAGUGAAAAUAGUGCGUUUGAGUCAUGGAAUAGCCACCAACCAAAGCUCCCGGAAAGAAAGGACAUUGCUGAAACAAUCCCAGAAAGCAAAGCUCCCAAACAUCAUGAGGGCAUGCCCUUGUUAAAGAAGCCUCUCCCUUCUGAGUCCAAAGUGUCCCCCUGCCAAGCCCGGACUAACUGCACCCAGGAAGAGACCAGGUCAGCAUCAGGGCCUCAGUCCAUAUCUGGAGCCUGGGGGGACAGGGAUCCAGGAUCCCAGGUAUUCCCUGUAGAGGGAAAUGCUUCACAGAUUGACCCCCAGAUGAAGCGGAGCCAGCCCCCAUGGAGGAAGCCAAAGGCUGGCAAAGGAGGAACAGAUGGUCCACAUGAUGCUUUGGAAGACAAGAAACAGCCUAAUAAGAGAGGCCAACCUCUGUAUUCAAAGCUCAACCCUCAGGGUCAAAUUCCAGAAAAUGGUGUUCUGGACAUGCCAGAGGGUCCAAAUGACCAUUACAGCCCCCCCUUUAACAUCAGUAAACUCCUCACCCCAAUUAUACCCACCAAGAAUGUCCUGGAAUCUUCAGACACCCAACCAGUGGAAAUCAGUCCAUCCCCUCCAGGACAGCCAAAUGGAUACCAGGAGAAGGAGCCCAACGAGGCUCAAUCUCGGGAGAGCUACAAGUCCAAAGCACCCAGCUUGCUGUUCAACCUCAAGGACGUUAGGAAGCGUGUCAAGAGCACGUACAGUCCCUUGCCUCUCUUAAAAAGCUUUGAUGAGAAAACCAGAGGUAGGCUUGAUAGCAAGCAAGAACUUGUGAGCAACGGGGUCCCCCUUCCCAAUGGGCUUGAAGAAAACCCUCCCGCAGAGCUUUCGAAGGAGAGGCCAGCUAGCAUUUUGCACGGCAGUACCCAGAAGGAUCCUGCAGUUAACUCCACUGAGUCCCUUGCCAACAGCCACUCGACCCUUGGUUCACCUUCAACUGGCUCCCAAACCCACUUCUGUGUCAAUGGGGAGGCUGCAGAAAGGCACAGUAAUGAGAAGGAAGAUGCCAAUAGAGCACCAGAAGAGGGUCCUUCCGAGUACGGCUGGCAUCCAGACUCCAGGGGACGCCUUCCCCGGAAACAUCUCUCCCUGAAACUCAGCAACAGGGAGUCCGAAACAGGACAGGCUACAGAGAAAAUGGAGCCCCACCAGCUGGACAAUGGGCUCUCAAGAUCCAUCUCCCAAGAGAUGGAGCCCGAGCAAGAAACGGGGCUCCAGAACCUACCCUUGAACCAGAAGUCCUCCCCGGGGCCCCUUUCCCCUGAGGAGGAGGAUGUGUUUUACAGCGACAGCCAGUCUGAUUUUACGCCGUGCCUCCAAACCAAGGCUAAAUUCAGCACCAGCUCCUCAGAUCAAUCCUUUGCUUCUUUUGAUGAUCAACAGAAGAUGUGGUUUACAGAAGGUCCCUGGGAAGACAGGAAGAAUCGUGUGAGUGCAAGUGACGAUCAAAAGGAUGAGGAGACCAUGAUGGAGAAAGAUGAGCCACAGCCAUGUACCUUAAGUAAUGGACAUAUAGGUGUGGAAGAACACAGACAGGAAGAAAUGCAAAGAAAAGCACAAGGUUGGUCGGGAGGGACACCCAGGAAGACAUCCGUGGAGGAAGUCAAUUUCAGAGGCUCUUGGGUGAGGGCUGAUAAGGAUACAGCUCUUCCACAUGCCAAGGACUCGAUUCCCUUGCCAGCUUCUGCCAGCAAGCACAGACUGUUCCCAAUUAAAGACAACACACUCAGGGCCACCCCGGUGAUAAAACCUAUCAUUCUGCCUCUCCUGAGGACAGUGUCCUCAGAGGACUCACUUAGUGGUGGACACAAAGAGAAUGAAUUACCAAGGCAACAGUGGGAUGAGGAUGCUGGUGGCCUCUGUGCCUCAGAAAGUCAGGAAAUGUGUAACACUUCUCUACCCAGCAACAUGCUGGGCGCAUGUGUGGUGUGUGAGGGCGUGGAGGAGGACCCUGUGCACACUGCAGCCCAGGCUGAAGCUUCUCAGCAAGCCCGGAAGGGAAGUUUUUCUUUCCUACCACUGGUGGAAGAGGAGGGCAAGAUGAAGCCACCCCCAGAUAUCACAGGCGAAGCGCCAGCGCGUGGUAAGAGCAGGUCUGCGGACUCAGGGAAACCGGCUGCCCCGCAGCACAUCCCCACCAUUGCUUUACCCCCAGAAGACCCGCCCUCCUCCCAGCCACUCCACACCAGUUGGGAAGAACAAGGUUUCCAAAGCCACUUUCUGUCUGCACCCAGAGCAGGACCUUCGGGAAAAAGGCUGGUCCCCAGUGAGGCAGCGACUUCCCCCAACCCCAGCUCUCUAGGUGAGAGCAGCACCGCGGCCAGCAGUGUUUGGGAGGAAGCUCCCCAGGCUCCCGGGGAACCGUGGCUGCGCCAGGAGCCUCCGAGCCCCAGCCCCUGGGCCAGCCCGGGGCGAGCCAGGCUCACCCGGAGGGAGGACAUGACACACGGCCUCACAUGGGAGGCUGAAGGCUCUGAUCCCCAACUCGAACGGUUGGCAGACCUCAGGACCCUCUCUCCGAGAGGCGCCUUGCUGGCAGAGGCUGCUGAGAAACCCGAGCCCCCUGCGCUGCUGGAGAGGGCGGCGGGCAAGCCCCCUGCAGUCCCGCCCAAGACCGAGAAGGCCCUACGGCGGGCCAAGAAGCUGGCCAGCAAGAGGAGGAAGAGCGAUCAGGCGCCCGAGAAGCACACCGAGGCCUGGGAGGGCCAGUCCUUGGCAGAGGACACGCAAGGGACAGAGAGGAGGCCGGUGUCUCCAGGAAAGGGGCCGCGGCCCAGGUUCCCUGCGGUCCGCUCCCUGCCCCCGCCCACGCACCGCCACUCGGUGUCCUGCGGCUGGGAGUCCUUGGGGAGGCGGCCUUGGGGCCCCCAGCCCCUCACGCCCCUGCCCCCUUAUCCCGCCACCCAGAAGGUGCUCCAGGAUCCUCAGUCGGGACAAUACUUUGUCUUCGAUGUGCCUCUCCAAGUGAAAAUCAAGACUUUCUAUGACCCCGAGACUGGCAAGUAUGUCAAGGUCUCUGUCCCAUCCUCGGAGGAUGCCUCCUCCGAGCCACCUCUGCAGGAUGCCCUGGCUGCUCCCUACCUACUGUACCCUGGCUUCCGGCCAGUGCCUGUAACCUCCGUGAUGCCUCUACGCUGCUCCUCUCAGCUGGCAGCUCCCACCUUUCUCAGGCAGGGGGGUUCCAGCCACAGGCCCCAGAGCUCCCAAGGCGCUAGACUGCAGCCUCCCCCUACCCAGCAUGCCUCUGCCCAGAGACCCCGGGGGCCUCCCCAUAGUCCAGAGGAAGAGGGUGCAGAAGCGCCGAGCCUCAGCAUCAUCUCCACCGAUGACCUAGAGGACUUUGCCACAGAGGGUGUUUCUUGAGAACUGAAGCAGACUGCCCCCAACUCUCCCCAAGCCAGAAAAGCUUACAGUCACAGAACCUCUCCAACAAUGCCUCUAUCUGCCUAUCUACCUACCUAUCUCUGUCUACAUGCAUACACACACACACACACACACACACACACACACACACACACACACCUUCAACUCAUAUUUAGCCAUUUGAGACCUCUAUAGUCCAAGAGGAAGUGAAGAUCCCUGGGGGCUCUCUGGGGGCUCCCUGGGGCCACGGCCCAUUCCCCUCUUCCUCUAGCCAUCCCCUGCCCUUCUCUGAUCCUACAGUGGGGUGGAUAUGGCAUGGGACAUUGGCCAUCCUAAGAGUUACUGGGCUCAGGGCACCCCCACAGUCUCCUUCUCGAGGGUGGGCUUCCUCAGCAAGGUUCCUAGAAACGCUGAGCCCUGCAGUGGGUGGGAAGCUCUCCACCAGGUGGACUCCACCACACCCAACCUGGGGUCAGGCGUAGCACAUAGCAGCAGUUUUAGGUCCCCUCAGGUGGCACUGGCUAAGGACAGACCCAGGGCAAUCUCGCAGAAGUGAUCAUUUGCACAGUGGUUCUCCUCAUGGUGGAAGCUUUGUCUCUGAAGAUCUACUGAGAAAGCAAAGGCUACUAUUUAAAAUGUGAAACAAGUUUGCCCGUGUGGUCCUGUCCCUGGACUCUGUCUUUCUUCUGUGCGGUUCUUAGCUAGGAGGCAGAGUCAUGAACCCCUUCCCCAGAGCUGCCAAGACCUUCUCCCUCCUGGAACACCAACUCUGUACUUUCUCAGUCCAGGCCUGCUGCUCUUGCAGGGGAUAAAAAUGAUGGCCUGAGCCCACCAAAAGAGAUGGCCUAAAGAAACUAAGUCAGAUUGUUAGUGACCCAAUCAGUGACUGGUUCCUGUGUCCUGCACUCAAAACCCAGAGGAGUCCUUAGUCCCUGGCCUCAGAGAAUUUGGAAUUGAAUCUAUAGAGGGAGCUGAGGGUGGUCACUGGCCCUGCUCGUCACACUGUGAGGGUCAGAGAGACAGCCUCAGCAGGCAGCCAUGCCGGAGAGGAAAGCCUGCCCAAGCUCCAGGGCUCCCACCUGGCCUCUAGUGCUGGUGCUUAAUUCCUAUUCUGGGGAUAGAUGAGGAUCAAGCAGCCUCCUUUCUUGUUUAAAAUAUCAGCAGCUGUCAAGACUGUGUUUCCACCUCCCAGGAGCAUGGGAGUAAAAUCUGCCACCCUCGCUCUGUUGGGGUGUCACUGGGAAUGGGAAGUGUGUGCACAGCUCACCACGUCUAAAAACAGGCUUUGAACAAUAUUCUGAGUCAGGAUUUGAAUUCAGGAUUUGGUAUCUAAUGAUUCUCCUAGCAAAUGAAGCCACAGCUGGAUCUCAGAAUGAAAAUACCCCCACAGACCUCUACCUCAUCUAUGCCAUUAGAAUUGGAUACACUUGUCAGCCAGGUGAUAGCCGGUCAGGAGUUCAAGUCACUUGUCCCACAAAUGUGGCUCCUCCGAGUCAAUGGCAAGAGUCAAGACAGAGGUUGUGUUUGGGUGACACAACCAAGUCACCUCAGGGUCCUCUCUGCUACCUUCUCAUCUGACUAGAAUUUGAAAAAUGAUCUCAUCUUGAAAGUCUCAAGUCCCUAGAAAAGAAGUACCUAACCAAAGUUGAGUUCCAAGGCUUAAUAGUUACCAUAGUAAAAGAAACACUGUCCCAACAAGGAAAAAUACCUGGGGCAGUUUGUUUGGGAAAAGCAGUCUUGGAGGCAAUGUUGGCAGGGCUAUAAACAGAGAUGGAAAGCUCAUCGGGAGGAUGUUUGGAGGUCAGGGUCACCUCUCCAUGGUUGUAGUGGAGGAGCAGGACCCAGGCAGAUGGUGGUAUCUACUCACAUUGGGGAGCAGGGAUGCCAUGGGCUCCAAGACCCCCCACAAGCCAGUCCUCACUCACAGCAAAGCAUCAGUGGUCCUACAUUCAGAAGCUAGCUCAGAGAACAAAAGGUAAGAACCACCCAAUGAGAGCAACUCACCCACCAGUGAUCUCUUUCGGCUCCUCCCUGUCAAGAAUGACAAAGCUCACUUAUGCUUCCCUGCUCCCUGUUUUUGUUUGUUUGUUUGUUUGUCUCUCUUUCCUUCCUUCUCUUCUCCUCCCUCUAUCCCUUUCUUCCUGCCUUCCUCUCUUUUCCUCUCCCUCCUUCCCUUUUACAAACUUUUGCACUAUGAUAGACACUUCAAUUGGACACCGAAAUUACCAUGGUAAGAUCUGGUCUCUGCACAUUUGGAGUUCCAGUAUAACAGACAAGGAAGACAAUUACCAUCCCGUAUGUUUAGUAAUUUAGAGGUAGCUCCGAGGAGCACCUAACUCAGCACAGAAGGAAAGGGGCCUUUCUUGGGCAGAUGGCAUCUGAGCCAAGUCAAGACACCCAAGGUAUCACACCGGCCCGUGAAGACAGAAGGUCUCCCCAGCAUUUGUUUAGCAAAGAUGACAUUGAUCAAAUACUAAGAGAUUUGUCAUACCAUAUCAAAGUACGUUGACUUAGCUAAUUAUUCAUUAUUAUUUCUAAUCAAAGCAAGAACUGAAAUUAUAGCCUCGUGGGAUAGACUUAUUGAUAUGUCCUUCAGCUUUUGAACUGAUAUUUCAUUCACUUGGUUGCCCAAAAAUAUCCCUCCUUCUGCCACUAUAUCUAAACAAGAAAGUGGUAAGACAUGAACAGAUGUAAUUUGUGGAGACUGCAGAUGUUGCCUAUAUCUCCCGUUUAGAAGGAUGGCCCUCUUCUAUGAGCUGGAGCCCCUGGGGAGCGGACCUAAAUAAAGAAUUUCUCUCAAGGGUACCACUGAAAAUCCUGGGGCUGUUUAGCUAGAACAACCAAGAGUUUACAUGGUGUAGUGUUUUCUCCCCUCUCAGCCUGACCUCAGCCCCCCAGAAGGUAUCUCAAUGGCCUCACUUUACUACAAUGCAAACAGUCUCCCAGACACUAUGGAGGGCCUGCCAGAGGGUUGAACCUGUCUCAUCUCUAGGUGGACAUCCUUAUCACCUAAGUGGUGCUUCAAUAAAUGCAGUCCUCAUCCUUACCAGCACUACCACACCAGGGAGCUGACCUGAACCCUGGAAUUCCAGUCUGCAUCAUCCUUCACCUAGGUGACAAUGGCUUAUCUGUACAAUGAGUUCUGAGACGCCUGCUCUCCCUGCUGAUCCUGGACGGAGUCGGGGUUGGAGCCUGCCUUCCUGUCAGGGGCACAGAAAAGGCUGCUUCCCCACCUCCUGCCUGGUGAGAGAGUGCCAAUAAAGGUGGUUUGCAUUCAACUGGAGAGGGUCAACUCUAACAACCUGAGCGGCCUCUACAUGAGCAACUGGGAUCACUGGUCCCUUAUGGCAGAAUUCAAGAACCUCUUUACUAGGACAAGGAUGGAUCAGGAUAUCACAAGAGAACUGACUUAAAGCUUUCCAUAACCCAAGCUAUGUGUAAAGAGCGGAAGUCUAAACAGAGUGGCCUUAUGCAAAUAAUGGGUGAUCAUUUGCAUACAAAGAAGAUCUCAAGGAAAAUCUGAAUUGUUUGUGUGUAGAAAGCAUUUCAACCCAGGUGGUAUCGUACAAUUGAACACAACUGUCAUGUAGGUCUUCCACAAUAGGCAGGUAUAAAACCAAGCUGAGCAGACAACUUAAGGCCAUACCACCAGAGCUUGUCACCAUUAAACUCCACUUAGGCUUCUUCAGUGUCACGUUUACAGAGCCCUCUGAGUAGAGGGGCCCUCCCUUCAUUCUUCCAGAUGUCUCAGGGUGUGGUUAGGAAGGAGGCCUUCCCUUCCCAGGAUUCUGACCAACACAAGCAGAUGCUUGAAGAAGAAAGGAUUCCAGUGACCUCCUGUCCAAGCUGGGAUGUGCAUUAGUUUGUUUUCAUAAGGCCUUAAGAAAAGCCCAAGGCUGUGUGCCUUGCAAAGGAAAGAGUUUUGUUUGGUUCAGGGUUCUGAUGGCUGUGAGGUCCAGACAGUGUUCCGGUGAGAUUCCCUGACUGACAGCAUGGUGGAGAACCAGGAGAGGAACAGGAAACUGGCUGUAUUCCGAAGAGGCAUGUGCCUGAGGCAAGAAGUCUGAGACCUCCUUCUCUUGUCGCUGAGACAGAACAUCUGAUAAGAGCAACUGAGGGAAGGACAGCUCAAUUACAGCUCACAGUUGGAAGGCACAGGUCAUGAUGUCAGCGAAGAUGUGAUGGCAAGAGCGUGAAGUGGCUGGUCAGGCUGCAUCUGCAAUCAGGAAGCCAAGAGAGAUGUGAGCUGGUGCUCAACUUCGUUUUUAUCCAGUCCAGGACUCAAGUGCCAGUUACAUUCAAGAUACGUCUUCAGUUCAGCCGUUCUGGAAACACCCUCAAAGACACAGACAGAGAUGUAUUUCCAUGGUGAUUUAAGUCCCAUUAAGUCGACAGUCAAGAUUAACCAUCACAUAAGAGAACAAGGGGCCAGAUCCACUCUUUAUAACAGUCCUUCAGGACAAAACUAGCAUGCCCUUGCAAGACCAGUAUUAAGCCCUUAGUGGGUGUGCUGCCCUGGUGACCUAACCAUCCAUCCCCUAUUAGGUCCGCUUCCUAAAGGUCCCAUUAUCUCAAUUUCACCAUGAGGACCAAACUUCAAGCACAUGAAUCUAUGGGGGACAAGCCACACCCAGCAGUUUCUCCUUUGCUAAAAUGUAGUUCACUUCGAAAUUGUUUUUCUAUCUCAGCACAUUUCUCAGCUUAGGAUGGCACUGCUGACACUAGCCUUGUUUCAAUGUCAUUGGUCCUCUUGGAUCUGGGUUCUGACUCCCGUCUCUUGUAUUCGUCCCUUCUUUGUGUUACAGCUUUCUAUCCCCUUCAGAAGACAGCUGUGAAGGCUUUGCUGACCCCUACCCACCUGCCUUUCUGUCUCCAUGCCCAUGGCUCUAUUUUCCUCUGAAUUUGGAAGCUUUAAGCCAAACCUCUUCAUUCUCGUUUCUAAAUCCAGAGUGUUCUGGGUAACUUUGGUCUGGGUCUCUGUGCUUUUUCCAGCCCCCUGCUCCUCCAUGAAUAAAACUGAGAGCGUCAGCAGGCCAGUCCAGAGUCACACCAAUGGUCAGAGUCCCGCAGGACUCCAGUCAAGGUUGCUCAAGUAGAAGCCAUGGCUGUCCUCACUUAUACACAUCUGGCCCCAAUGGGGAGUUUCACUAGGAAGGAACCAGUGCACAGAGCAACAUGACCUCAGUGGAACUCUGCCCCUUCCCACCCCAACCACAGUUACCAUAUUGACAUUGUCUAGCAUGCUGCUUUUAUAAAAGAUGGGUAUUUCCUUUUUGA